CAAGUUUCAAUGAAAAUCGGUGUUUGAUGCCAUCUGUGUAAGCAGGAGAAAGUUAAAAUAUUAUAAUACAAACACUUGAGAGCCCAUUGAGUUGGCCUCUUGUCAAUGCAAAUAAUGCAAAGAUUUUCGUUGUCGACUCAUUAGCCCCAUUCAAUGUUGAGUUCUUGAUUGGAGAAAAAAUCGCUUUGUGUUGUUUUCGGUGAAUUGAAUAAUCAUGGAAUCAGAAGAUAACGAAUUAAUAAUUGUUAACAGAAAAUGUGAAUAUACUGUUUCUAAAAAGUUAAUUUGUUCAUCUGUGCCUUACUUUGAGAAAAUGUUUUGCUGUGACUUAUUGGAAUCAAAGGAAAACAAAGUGGUCCUGGAUUUUGAUGAAAAAGUCUUUGAUUCUAUCCUUGAUUGGAUUCAUUCGGGAUCUUUCGUGAUUCAAAUGGAGAAUGUGAUCAGUUUUUAUGAUGCAGCUGAUUAUUUGAUGAUAAACGAACCUUUGUUUCAGCCUUGUUUGGCCUUUUUUCAUGAAAAUUUCACCAUAGAACAUCUUCCAGUGGUUUUACCUCAAGUUACAAAAGUGUCCAAAUUGAUAAGUUCUGCAGCUAUUGACAACAUUAUUUGUCGCCAUUUCUUGAUGAUCGCCAAUACGAAUGUUUUCUUAGAUUAUUCAGUUGAGACAGUUGAAACUAUUCUUAAAUUAGAUUUGAUGGUCCACUCUGAAUAUCAAAUAUUUGAAUCAAUCAUAAAGUGGGUGAAUAAAAAGGUUGAUUCUCGAAAGACAUUUCUUCACCAGCUAUUGAGCUGCGUUCAUUGGUCUUUUAUGGAUCUUGAUGAUUUAUCUAAGGUGAAGGACAAUGAAUUGAUUAAGAUUAUGCCUAAUCUUGAUUCAAUCACAACCUCUAAUGGUGAUUGUGAAUUCAAUCGCAGUGCCCAAAGCUUCUUCAUUUCAAUUCAGGAAAUAGAUGUUAACGUUUUGCGGAUAAAAAUGUAUGACAAUGAAUUUUUCUGUUUAUCAAUCGGUGAUUUUACACGUGAUGAUACUAUGCCACUUGAAUAUUUUUCUGGAGAACACACGUCAGAUAUUUUAUUCGACUCUGGAACAAAAGGAAUCAGAAUUGAUUGGGUUAAAAAGACAUUUCGAUGGCUUGACUUCAAAGUGUCUGGUAAAACUUACUAUAGUCAAAUUAAUGAAAUGAUUUAUAAAUUUGCGUGGUUUACCAGAAAAAAUUCUUGUUAUUUGGAAGACAUUGAUUCAGAACUUCCUCAGUCGAUUCCCACUGAAGAGAUACUCAUUCUUGAAUCUAUUGGUAAAUUCAAUUUAAUUGGUAAAACUAGAGACGAUAAGAAGUGGUUUGGUCUUUUCACAUUUACAAAUGAAGGUGUAAUCAAUAGGUAUAGCGAUCGUCAACACUCUUUUAAAGCCACUGUUUUGGAACCUGUUGUUUACAUAUUGACAAAAGAUCGGGAAUUUAUCCAAUUUAAUUAUGAAACUAAAAACUUCAAUAAGAGUGAACCAUUUAAAGACGAAAAAUGGGAUUUCAAUGAUUUAAUCUUAACUUCUCAUCAAUCAAAGGAUGAUAAAGUUAUUUUGGUCAACAAAUCGUCAGGAAAAGUUUAUGUUUUCAACAUUAAGGAACAAAAAUGGUUACAAAAAUACCGAAUCGUGAAUAUUAGCUCAAAGAGUUCCAAUGAUAUGUUGUUCCAUAAAUUGAUCACCUUCACUUCAGCAUUUCUACCCAUGAAAGUUAUCAAGCCUUUGUAUAAAAGAACAUUCUCUGCGCUCUGAACUGCAUAUUUUUCAUUAGGUGCAUCAUAGCUUUUUCGGAAAUUUACGUAUUGAAAUAAAAAAAAUCUUCAAUAAUUCGUGCAUUGAUAAACUGGAUUUAAAAGAAUCAGAAUUGGCCAACUCUAACUGAAAAAAUUCUUUAUUUGUAAGAUACCUAUUCGCUUCUUGCCAACCUUCAACAAAUAGUCGGAAUUUGAUAUUUUUAAUUUUUAAAUCUACAUAUUUUUUGUUCUUGAUUUUAUUCAUUAUAAACUGUUAAAUUGAUA